AGAUGGCGCUGUGAUCAAUUUGUGUACGCAGUAAAAUCAUUGCUGACGACCCAAACAAGCAAAAACGAUGGAAAGGAAGUUUUUAUUGGCAGCAACUAUAUCUACAUCUGUUUUAAUUUCUGUUUAUUGCAGACCUCGAUCAAUAAACACAAAUAAUAAAAGUCAAUCGAAUUCACCUGCAAUUGAUGCUGAAAAAUUGCUACCUCCAGAUCAUGUGGAUGCAGUGAAGUUUGAGAAGGAUGGUCACAUUAAUAAAGACUUUCACAAAGAAGUUUUUCUUGGCAAUCACGAAGAGAUAGACGAUGAGCCAAUACAAAUAGCUGAGGCAAAAUUGGUGGACAUUUUUCACAAAAUAGAUAAAGAUUCUGAUGGUUACUUAAAUGAAGGCGAACUGGAUUCAUGGAUUUUGGACAAAAUUAAUGAACAUAUGAAUGAAGCCAUGGAGGAAAACACAGCUAUAUUUAAACACUUAGAUCCAGAUGGAGAUGGGUAUGUCGAAUGGAAGGAAUAUUACAAACACUUUUUGUUAGCAAAGGGGCAUGGAUUGAAUGAAACUGAAAAGUAUUUAGAAGACUAUGACACUGAUAUCUUGCAAGAUGAUGAGCGAGAUAAGUUGGUAUGGUACAAGUUUAAAUGGACAGAUGCUGACAUUAAGCCUAUUGAUAACAGACUGGAUGUAGAGGAAUUCUUCAGCUUUCGUCAUCCAGAACAUAGUGUUCAGCUGAUAGAAAAUAUGGUUCUUUCCAUAAUCAAUUCUUUAGAUGUUGACAAAGAUGGGAAGCUGACUUUGAAAGAAUUUUCUAAACCAGACAUCGUGGAGGAGGAUCCAACGACAGAAAAGGAGAGAGAGGAGGAGUAUAAGGUCAGAGAGAAGGAGUUUGUGUCGGCCAUUGAUAAAAACAAAGACGGGGUGGCCACAAAGGAGGAAAUGAUGGAGUACAUGAAUCCUCGAAAUCCACAGCAGUCCUUGCAGGAGGCCAAAAACCUGAUGUCUCUAAUGGAUGACAACAAGGAUGGGAAACUCUCUGUAGAUGAAAUAAAAAAACACAAAGACGUUUUUAUCAGCAGUAAAAUUGUAAAUGUCAAGAAGGUGCUACAUGAUGAGUUUUAGAACAAAGAAUGAUACAUAUCGACAGACAUUUUUGUUCAUAAUUGCAAUAAUUUUUUCAUUAUAUAGAUAGACAUGUACAUGUACAUUUUGAACACCAGUUAAUACUUGUAAGUUUGAUCCAUUUUUCCACUUUUCUCGAGAACGAACUUUUUUGUGAUGUAGAUGAUAUUUAUAAUUAGUCUCUUUUUUUUUUUUUCAAAUUUAAGCUUGUCUGUGAUGUAAACUAAUUCAGGGGGUAGAUUUUAUUUAAACUCAUUCAAUAAAACUCCCCAAAAUUCAUUAUUAUAGUAAAGAUUUUUUAUCAAUAUUAGUGACAAUAUAUAUAUUAUAUAUGUUAAAAAUUAAGAAAUAAUAUCUAAAUUAUUUGGACCCCUUUGAAUACCCAAAAUUCUUGUGUAAGAAUUAAGUACUGUAUACAGGGAAAUAUUUGCCCCCUUUUUAUUUUCGCUCCUGUUGCCCUCAUUAUCAGUGGAUGAAUUUAAGACUGGGUGAAUUCCAAUGUCUCAGAUUGUCUUUCUUUAAACACAUCCUUGUCUUGGCAACUUAAAGAUGGCUGAAACCAUUUGCAAGUGAAAAAGAGCGAAAAAUAACACUGGACGAAAAUUACCCACCAUACAGUAUGAUGAUAAAGAUUGAUGAAAUUUUACUCAAUCAAAGAUAUGCCAUUGUUUAUUCUGAAAGAGAUUUUGUAAGAAUUUGAAAUUCUCUACAAUAAUGUCCAGAGAAAAUGCAUAUUAACAUAUGACUUUUCAAUAUCCCAGUGGAGCGAGGUUAGAAAUUUGUUCUUUUAUGCAAAGAAUUGACUCAAAACUUUUUUAUUGCAUGCAUAAUUUUUUUCAUGUGUGGAAUGAAAUUUUAGAAAUGAAUGUCUUUUGUGACUAGAAAAUAGAAAUUCAAUAACCCGGUAAAAGAUCUGACGCUCGUACAUGCUCGCACAGAAUAUUCAUGAACAAUUGUUUUUCUUUAAUUUUGUACCACAUGUAGAGCGUAUAUAUAUUUUUAUAUAUGCUGUGUUGAGCGUUUUU